AUGUAUCUGACUGGGAAAAAUCUCACCGAGUUGACUGCCUUCAUCCUCUCUGGAUUUGCAGAUCACCCUGAAUUACAAGUCAGUCUUUUCCUGACAUUUCUCUUCAUCUAUCUGUUCACUAUAUUGGGGAACCUGGGACUAAUUCUGUUAAUCAGAGCUGACUCUCAGCUUCACACACCUAUGUACUUUUUCCUUAGCAAUUUAGCAUUCAUUGACAUAUGUUAUUCCUCGACUGUAACACCCGAGGCACUAGUCAACCUCCAAUCCAACCAAAAAUCCAUCUCCUUUGUAGGCUGCUUUGUUCAGAUGUACUUCUUUGUCGGUCUGGUGUGCAGUGAAUGUUUUCUUCUGGGAUCAAUGGCCUAUGAUCGCUAUGUAGCAAUCUGUAAUCCCUUAUUAUAUUCUGUAGUUAUGUCUCCCAAAGUGUGCAACUGGCUGGGCGUACUGCCCUAUAUAGUAGGUUUCACGAAUUCACUAAUUUCCAUCUGUGUGAUCAGCCACUUGGCAUUCUGUGACUCCAGCAUCAAUCAUUUUUUCUGUGACACUACAGCUCUUUUGGCUCUGUCCUGUGUAGAGGAAUUCGACACAGAAAUGGUGAUCUUUGUUUUAGCCGGGUUCACCCUUCUUAGUUCUCUCUUGAUCAUCACAAUUACAUACAUUGCCAUCAUCAUAGCCAUCCUGAAGAUCCAGUCUGCGGCAGGCAGGCAGAAAGCCUUCUCCACCUGUGCCUCCCACCUCAUGGGUGUGACUAUCUUCUAUGGGUCCUUGAUCUUCACAUAUCUGCAGCCGGAUAACACAUCAUCCCUGAAUCAGGCACAAGUGGCAUCAGUAUUCUACACCAUUGUCAUUCCAAUGCUAAAUCCACUGAUCUACAGCCUGAGGAACAAAGAUGUGAAAAAUGCUCUUUUGAGAGUCUUCAAAAGAAAAUGCAUUCAGCAAGUCAAAGGACACAUUGACAGUUUAUUAUAA